AUGUGGCCACAAAUCAUCAACAAAGCUAAGCAUGGAGGGUUGAAUGCAAUUGAAACUUAUGUUUUUUGGAAUGUUCAUGAGCCUGAACAAGGCCAGUACAAUUUUGAAGGAAAAUAUGAUUUGGUUAGAUUCAUUAAGUUGAUUCAAGAGAACCGUAUGUACGCGAUUCUCAGGAUUGGACCCUUCGUCCAGGCUGAAUGGAACUUCGGAGGGUUUCCAUAUUGGUUGAAAGAGGUGAACAAUAUUACCUUCAGAACUGAUAACCCACCAUUCAAGUAUCACAUGAAAAAAUUCACCAACAAGAUUGUAAAGAAAAUGAGGCUUGAGAAGUUAUUUGCCUCUCAAGGAGGUCCUAUCAUUCUAUCACAGAUCGAGAAUGAAUAUAAUACCAUCCAACCUUCAUUCGAAGAAUCAGGUAUUCAAUACAUUCAUUGGGCAACAAAAAUGGCUCUGAGCCUCAAAACAGGAGUCCCAUGGAUGAUGUGCAAGCAACAGGAUGCUCCUGAUCCAGUGAUCAAUGCAUGCAAUGGAAGAAACUGUGGAGAUACUUUCACAGGCCCAAAUAAACCCUACAAACCCUCUCUGUGGACUGAGAACUGGACUGCUCAGUUCAGAGUAUUUGGUGAUCCGCCAUCUCAGAGGUCGGCAGAAGAUAUUGCAUACUCUGUUGCCCAUUUCUUCUCUAAGAAUGGCACUCUUGUAAACUAUUAUAUGUAUUAUGGAGGAACUAAUUAUGGUAGAACAGCAGCUUCAUUUGUAACAAUGCGUUACUAUGACGAAGCCCCCCUCGAUGAAUAUGGUCUGCAGAAGGAUCCCAAAUGGGGUCACCUCAGGGACUUGCAUACUGCUUUAAGAAUGUGCAAGAAGCCUUUGCUUUGGGGGGUUCCCUCUGUUCAAAAUUUGGGUCUUGGACUAGAGGCCCGAGUUUAUGAAAAUCCAAGAACCAAUGAGUGUGCAGCUUUCUUGACCAACCGUGACCCUAGGGUGCCCGCGACUACAAAAUUCAGGGACAGGGACUAUUACUUGCCUGCACAUUCCAUUAGUAUACUCCCUGAUUGCAAGACUGUGGUCUACAAUACUCAAACGAUAGUUUCCCAGCACAAUGCAAGAAGUUUCCGUGUAUCGGAAGUAGCUAACAGAAAUCACCACUGGCAAAUGUCCCAAGAAAAGGUUUCUACCAUUAUUGAUGCAACUGUAAGAUCAACAACCCCAUUAGAACUCAUGAACCAGACCAAGGAUACCUCAGACUACCUCUGGUACACUACUAGCAUUGAAUUGCAGAAUUAUGACUUACCGACGCGAAGUGACAUAGUCCCAGUCAUCCAGAUUGCAAGCAAUGGCCAUGCACUGCAUGCAUUUGUGAAUGGCGAAUACAUAGGAUCUGGAUUAGGUAGCCACAUAGAAAAGAGCUUCACCUUCAAGAAUCCUGUGAAACUGAAGCCCGGAAAUAACCAUAUAUCACUACUGGGCAUGACAGUUGGAUUCCCGGAUAGCGGAGUCUACUUAGAGCGUAGGAUUGCCGGAGUUCACUCUGUAUUGCUCCAAAGUUUGAACAUGGGUACCAUUGACCUAACACAGAAUGGUUGGGGACAUAAGGUUGGUGUGGAAGGAGAAAAGCUCCAUCUCUAUACCCAAGGGGGAUCACACAGGGUACAGUGGACUGAAGCCAAGGGCAGAGGACCUGCUCUUACAUGGUACAAGGCAUACUUUGAUGCUCCAGAAGGAGACUCACCUGUUGCUCUCAAUCUGACAAGUAUGUCAAAAGGCAUGGUCUGGGUCAAUGGUAAAAGCAUUGGGCGUUACUGGGUCUCCUACUUGUCACCUCUUGGGAAGCCUUCUCAGUCUGAGUACCAUAUCCCAAGAGCCUUCUUGAAGCCAACUGAAAACCUUCUGGUUGUGUUUGAGGAAAUUGGAGGAAACCCAGAGAAGAUUACAAUCUUGACUGUUCACAGAGACGCAGUGUGCAGCUACAUCACAGAGUAUCACCCACCACAUGUGAAAUCAUGGAAGGGACAGGAAAGCAUGAUUCAGUCUGGGGUGGAUGUCAUUAGACCACAAGCUAUCUUGAAGUGUCCCAACCAUAAAGUGAUGGUCAAGGUUGAGUUUGCAAGCUUUGGUGAUCCUGUUGGAGCCUGUGGAGACUUCACCAUUGGAACUUGCACAACAUUUGAUACCAAGGAAAUAGUAGAAGAGCAAUGCUUGGGAAAGAAUGCUUGCACCUUACCAGUUGAUUGGAAGAAGUUAACCAAGAAGAAUGAAGAGCCAUGUCCAGGAAUCGUUAAGACAUUAGCUGUUCAAGUGCGCUGUGGACAUAACAAGAAGCAUUAG